AUGGCGCCACAGUCUACGUGGCAGAUGCUGUUGUUGCCCUGCCAUAUCCCCUCACACUCACCCUCACCACCUGAGCACAUGCCCCCUGACCUCCAAAGGCCAGCCUUUGUGUUAUUUGAGUGUGCGAUUUUUCCGGCCACUGCAGCUUACUUUGCCACCCAUGCUGCAGAUAUCUCGGUGAGCCUGCUGACCCUUCUGGUCACCGCGUGUGGCCUCGCUCUCUUUGGUGUGUCUCUCUUCGUGUCUUGGAAACUCUGCUGGGUUCCGUGGCGAGAACGAGGCCUGUUCUCUGGUAUCAAAGACAACAACCAGGAGCCUCUUAACUAUACGGACACAGACAUCAAUGAGCAGGAGAACAGUGAGGGCUUCCUAGACCCUCCCAGCCCCUCCUCCAUGAAGAUCAGCCACACCUCCCCGGACAUCCCCCUCUCCACCCAGACGGGGGCCCAGGAGAACUGUGCCCACGGCGUCCGCGUGAAGCGCCAAGUCACAGAGCCAACCUCGUCGACUCGGCAUAAUUCAAUCCGAGGACAACUCAACCUGUCGAACCCGGACUUCAAUAUCCAGCAACUGCAAAAACAAGAACAGCUGGCCGGGAUCGGCCGCAUUAAACCGGAGUUAUACAAGCAGAGGUCACUGGACAGCGAUGAUGGGAGAAGGAGUAACAGCAAAGCCUGUGGGAAACUGAACUUUAUUUUAAAAUAUGACUGUGACCUAGAGCAGCUAAUAGUGAAGAUUCACAAAGCCGUCAAUUUGCCCGCCAAGGACUUUUCUGGGACCUCAGAUCCUUACGUCAAGAUCUAUUUGCUUCCGGAUCGGAAAACAAAACACCAGACCAAAGUUCACAGGAAGACCCUGAACCCUGUGUUUGACGAAGUGUUUCUGUUUCCGGUUCCCUACAACGACCUUGAGGCCCGGAAACUGCACUUCUCUGUGUAUGACUUUGACAGGUUCUCCCGCCACGACUUAAUCGGCCAGGUGGUGGUGGACCACUUCUUAGACUUGGCUGAUUUCCCCAGGGAGUGCAUCCUUUGGAAGGACAUCGAAUAUGUCACCAACGACAACGUGGAUCUUGGCGAGCUGAUGUUUUCCCUCUGCUACCUUCCCACGGCUGGCAGGCUGACCAUCACUGUUAUAAAAGCAAGGAAUUUAAAGGCGAUGGACAUAACAGGAGCAUCAGAUCCCUACGUGAAAGUCUCCAUGAUGUGUGACGGCAGGCGGCUGAAGAAGAGGAAAACGUCCACCAAGAGGAACACCCUGAAUCCUGUUUACAACGAAGCCAUAGUCUUUGACGUCCCCCCCGAGAGCAUUGACCAAAUCCACUUGUCCAUAGCGGUCAUGGACUACGACCGUAUAGGUCACAAUGAGAUCAUCGGCGUGUGUCAAGUAGGCAACACAGCUGAGAGGCUGGGCAGAGACCACUGGAGUGAAAUGUUGUCCUACCCUCGGAAGCCCAUCGCACACUGGCAUUCCCUGGUGGAGAAACGAUGACUGUGGGUAAGAGAACUGCUUUGCCAAGGACACAGUAGGACAACCAUCUCACAAAGAUCUUAAGUAACAUUCCCUAUCCAACAACGCCCGGACGACUCCAGUGACCAAAUGCUCAGCUGUAACCACAGUGAUAACUGGCCUUCUUUCCAGACUGGGUUUGGUGAACAUGAAUGGUCCAGUUGUCUUCAGAUGGUCUAAGGUGGUGUGCUGUCGGGGCAGCACGUCUCUCACAGUCAAGAACCAGGAUUGGACCAUGGAGGAAACCAGCUGAUACAGUGAGAGGACUGAGAGGACCUUGAGUACCAGGACUCUCAGUGAUGGCACAGCAUCUGCCCUGGCAACGUCAUACUGACAUGAUGCUAUUUGUUUGAAUGCCCUGGAAGGACAGAAUACUUCAAAAUAUAUCCAGGUGCUAACUAGGCAGCAGGUUUAAUUCAUCUUUGAGCUAAUAGCUGUCUCCAGAAAAUAUUUUACCCAAAAAGUGUUCCAGCUUUGCCAGGAAUAGCUCCAGGAAUGGAGUAGGAUAAGCACGCUGUUCCCCUGGAGAAAAUCUAGUGCAAGGAGGGCUAGCUCACAGCAAACCGACUGCCCUCUCCCAUACACAUGGCAGCGAGUACCAGUUGAUCGUGACCCUCUCGUCUGCUAAACCCAGGUUCUGAGGAGUCAGAAUCCACAGCACUGUCUUCUGGGUAGCCAGCAGCCACUUCUUCCCAACCAGUGUUGGCAUUAGAGUGAAAGUUAUCAUCCCUGUUAGCGAGGCAUCCAUCUCAGUGGUGUAAGCAUUCCAGAGUACCCUUUCCCAGACUCAUUUGUC